CAGUUCUCUCAAAAGCUGCAAUAAGCAAGUAACAUUGUAUCAAUGGCUUCCGAAGAAUCCCAUAACAUUAAGCCACCCAGCGAGCAGUCGACCACCGAGCUCAUCGCGAGCGCGAAGCUGGUGGCGGAGGCGGCGCAGUCCGCCCUAAAGAGGGAGAGCGACAAGGUGGACAAGGCAAAGUUGGCGGACGCCGCGGGUGAUCUUCUCGACGCGGCGGGGAAGUAUGCAAAGCUUGAUGACAAACAAGGCAUAGGGCAAUAUGUUGACAAGGCUGCUGAUUAUCUACAUAAUUACCAGGGUGGUGGUGGUGGUGCUCCUUCUCAGCCUGCAGAGUCAAAAGGUGAAGAAAGUGGUGGUGGUGGUGGUGGGUUAGGUGGUCUUGCAAACUUGGCUGGAGGCUUCUUCAAAAAGUAGUUCAAGAGCAGUACUACUAAUUUCAGCUAUCAAUUAAAUAAAACCAUUGAUUGUUUUUUUUUUACCUUGUUGUGGGAUUUGAAUAAUAUGGACGAGGUAUCAGAUUCUGUAAAAAAAAGUCUUUUAACUUUUCGUUUUAGGUCUAGUGGCAGUGAGAUUUGGAUAAUAUGCAUAUCAAAUUAAGGAUCCAAAUCUUGUUAUUGUAAAAAAAGAAGUCUUUAAUUUCUCACUUCUAGUUCUAGUGCUGUUGCUGCUGUUGUUCUUAUGUGAUGUAAGUUGAAUAAAUAUGAUUUGGUGAUUGUACUUUGUAGAGUUAGUGACUUUUGUUCGUUCUCUUAAUUCUAAUUCCAAACAA